AAUUAUUUUAAAAAACGAGCCGACGGCCGUGUUGCAACUCCCGUAUUCGUCUGCCUCCCUCAUUUGCAUACCACCUGCUUUUCAUUUGUGAAACUUUCCUCGAAAAAAAGCGCAGCAAGCUUCCUCAUUUGUCGCCUCGCAAAAAGCACUCACCCAGAGUUCCACAGAGGUGACACGAGCACCGCGUAAAACGUCCUUGGAGUGGCUGAUGAAAGGCGCAGGGCUCUCCGAGUGUUUGACGAAGAUAAGUCAUUCAGCCUUCAGAGGGUAAAAGGUAGAACUUUCAGCAGCAAUCAUGGGGUGCUUUGGUUUCCUCAAGGGCAUGAUGUUCGUUUUCAAUGGCAUCAUCUUCUUGGCAGGUGCGGCCAUCCUGGGCGUGGGCAUCUGGGUGAAGGUGGACAGCGGCUCCAUCCUCAGCUUUCUUGGGAAAAUAGACAACGCGCCGGCGGAGCUCAGUCAGGUGCUGAAUGUCGGCUACCUGCUGAUAGCCAUAGGGGCGCUGCUGGUCGUCAUCGGCUUCCUGGGCUGCUGUGGAGCCGUCAAAGAGAGCAAGUGUAUGCUGCUGCUGUUUUUCAUCAUAGUCCUGCUGGUCUUCAUAGCGGAGGUAGCCGGCGCUGUGGUGAUUUUGGUUUUCAGGCCGUUGGCAGACGAACUGUUCGUCAAGGUCGGCGAAGCAGCAGUUAAGAACAUCAGGAAGGACUACGGCAAAAAUGCCGAUGUUACGGGACUGUGGAAUACCACGAUGAGCACGUUAAAAUGUUGUGGGUUCUACAACGCGUCAGACUUUGUUGGAUCUCCGUAUUACAACAACAACAACAUGCAAUUCCCGCCGCAGUGCUGUCCGGGCGCCAAAACCCCGUGUGAUCAAAUGUCAGCCAACAACAGCACGACAAUCACCGGUUGCUUCCCGAAGAUCAAGCAGCUGGUUGACGAGAACACGGUGGUCAUCGUGGGCGUGGCGCUGGGCAUCGCCGCUCUGGAGGUCUGUGCAAUGAUCGUCUCAAUGGUCCUCUACUGCAGAAUAAAAUCCACGUUGGCCUGAAUGCAAACCGCCUCGGAAGGAUCCCUUUAAUCACCGGAGUCUUUCUACUUCCUGUGUCGCCUCCUAUAAUUGCCUCACGUCAGGUCUCGUGCAAUCAGAAUUACCGAACGACAUAACAAAUCUAUUUUUGCUACCUUUAAAUCUAAUAGAUUACCAUUUAUGAAUGUAUCUUCUUAUCUUAUUUCUUACGAACACGUCUGUUUAUAAACCUGGCUACUGUGUUCUUCGCCAGUGAUUCCUGUAAAUGUCGUAAAUGAGUGUCGCUGUCUCCGACGCGCGACCAGCUGACGCGGAAUUACACGAAAAGGUUCGAUGUAAUGAUGAAACGGAGGCUGGCGUCGAUGUCGGAGACGGGAUCCACGACUGUGAAUGUUUUCGAUGCAUCUUGUAAAAUAGAAACAGAAGUGAUGCGUUAUUUGUUUGUAAGUUGUUUGUACGGUGAUGGGUUUUGAAAUAAAGUCCAGAUUUUCAGGUCUGUAUUUACAGUAUUUCUCGAUGGGAACGAAGCAGCAAGGUGCAGGUAAAAAAAAUAAUCUGUUUCCUCAUUUAUCACUUGAGAAAGCAAACAAGUCGACGGGAGUUUAGGUUGAGCUGGUUAGACGCCAUUUAUCCGGAACUAUGAAAUAAAACUGUAAGCUUUAAUGUG